CCUGCCUAAUCUCAGCGCUGAGCGGCUAAGGUUUUGUUCACCAUGUUGGAUGAACAGCUCAUUUCAGUUACCUCGUGACCAAUACUUUUAUCAUGUCACAUAAGCGUCGUGAGCUUGAAGUGUAGAGGAUCAGCCGAGUGACGUUUUUUUCCUCAACUGACAGCGUCAAGGCCCAGCGGAACCAACGGAGGGACUGCUAUUUUUAUGUGGAGAUACAGAUACCCAUUAGCUAGCUCUGAGUUGUCAGAUUGAAUAAGGCUGUCUAGCUCCUGGCGGUAGAUUUUGUCCCACAACAAACGGAUUUAACUUGUUAGUCUGUUUGGAUGCGCGCUUCUGAGCCGUAUUAGGACAGAGUAGAAUACAGAUACACACACAAAGCUGUCGAUGGGGGAAUUACUUUGUCUGCCAGCCGUCUGUGAGGAUUUCUCUUCUCGUGUUUUGAGUCAUGGUCGAAGCUUCGUCACCCUGUCAAACUGAUGGGGGUUUCUUUGGAAGCACGCGGCUCGGUGGAUUGCUAUAAUAAUAUGUGAAUAGGGUGGAUUGCCGAGGCCCGGGCCUGCCUGCCUCUCUGCGCUGCUGUAUUGUAGCCUUGGCUGGGUUACACCUCCUCUGCACCGGAUCAGCAGCGUUAAUUACGACUCUGAGAUUACCUCUGCCAUCAGAGUAGCUGUCUGGCCUGUGCACACAUCUGAAGGAGAAUUCAGUUUGGAAUAACAGAUGCGAUUUCAAGCCGUGUGGUGAGAAAAGCAACGGCGCCAGACCCGAGUGUGUGGCAAACUUGGAACACUUAUAAGAUGAAUGCUCUGCUUCCCAUGUGACCUGCUUUAGAUCGCACUGUUUUAUUAAGAGGGGAAGGUGAAUUUUUCCCAGGAGGAGAGGUAGAACCGUCUCUGUGAAGUGCAUAUAAGUUUUUUUUCCUAUUGAAUAUUUUCGGUUUGUCACUGACAGCAGUGGCACUGUUAAAGCUGCAUAGAUUGUAUGUUUGGGUGGUCCAUUGCCCAUAAUAUGCUCUCCGUCACUAGUUUCAGACUUCAGUAGUCUAAUGGUGUACCUAAUAGAAAAUUAAUUUAGGGGAAGUGGGGCAGAGCCUAGUUAGUAUUAUGCUAAAACGCCAUACCAGAUAUCGGAUAAUUUCUGUCAAAGUGAUUGACUUUGGACGCUUAAAGGACAAAAUAUAUUUUCUCUAUGUUUGCCAUAAGUUGUAUUAACCGUGGGGUUGCUGUCUGGUUGCCAUUAGUAUCAUUUUGAGAAGCAGUUUGAAAAGGAGGCAUUUAAGUAUCAUUGGAUGGCUCUUUGCGGUACAACUGCUGCAAAUGUUACAAAAAUGAUGGCUGCUUACAACGGUGGCUCCUCAGCAGUAGCUGCCCAUCACCCCCAUCACCACCACCACCAGCUCCAGCACCUACCGCCUCCCCACAUGCAUCACCACCACCACCACGCGGGCCAGCACCACUUACAGCACCCAGGCUCUGCCGCUGCUGUGCACACGGUCCAGCAGCACACAUCAACGGCUGCCGCUGCGGCGGUGAUGCUAAACCCCGGACAGCAGCAGCCCUACUUUCCGUCUCCAGCCCCCGGGCAAGCUCCCGGGCCGGCGGCGGCCGCAGCUCCUGCACAGGUCCAAGCGGCUGCAGCAGCCGCUGUCAAAGCUCACCACCACCACCACCAUCAGCAGCAGCAACACACGCACCAUUUACAGCAGCAGCUGGAUAUUGAGCCUGACAGACCCAUCGGCUACGGGGCGUUUGGAGUUGUCUGGUCAGUGACAGACCCCAGAGACGGAAAGCGAGUUGCUCUCAAAAAGAUGCCUAAUGUCUUCCAAAACCUUGUUUCUUGUAAGAGGGUAUUUCGUGAGCUGAAGAUGCUGUGCUUCUUCAAACAUGAGAAUGUGCUCUCUGCGCUGGAUAUACUACAACCUCCACACAUUGACUACUUUGAAGAAAUCUAUGUAGUAACUGAACUGAUGCAAAGUGACCUCCAUAAGAUCAUUGUAUCACCGCAGCCUCUGAGCUCAGACCAUGCCAAAGUUUUUCUUUAUCAGAUUCUGCGAGGACUUAAGUACCUUCACUCUGCUGGAAUUCUACAUCGAGACAUCAAACCUGGCAACCUCCUAGUCAACAGCAACUGUGUGCUCAAGAUCUGUGAUUUUGGCCUGGCUCGAGUGGAGGAGUCGGAUGAAUCAAGACACAUGACUCAGGAAGUGGUAACACAUUACUACCGAGCUCCAGAAAUCCUCAUGGGGAGCCGCCACUACUCCAACUCAAUUGAUAUCUGGUCUGUAGGCUGCAUCUUUGCUGAGUUGCUAGGGCGACGCAUCCUCUUCCAAGCCCAAAGUCCUAUUCAGCAGCUGGAUUUAAUCACUGACCUGUUGGGGACACCUUCUAUGGAGGCGAUGAGGACGGCAUGUGAAGGCGCUCGUGCACAUAUUCUCAGAGGACCACACAAACAGCCAUCCCUUCCUGUUCUGUACACACUGUCCAGCCAAGCAACCCACGAAGCAGUGCACCUUCUCUGCAGGAUGCUGGUGUUUGAUCCGUCAAAGAGGAUUUCAGCCAAAGAUGCCCUGGCUCAUCCUUACCUAGACGAGGGUCGACUUCGCUACCACACGUGCAUGUGCAAAUGCUGCUAUACCACAUCCUCGGGUCGCGUGUACACCAGUGACUUUGAGCCCAUCACUAACACCAAGUUUGAUGAUGGCUUUGAGAAGAAUCUGAGCUCUGUAAGACAAGUCAAAGAAAUUAUCCAUCAAUUCAUUUUGGAACAGCAAAAGGGAAGUAGAGUACCACUCUGCAUCAAUCCUCAAUCAGCUGCUUUCAAAAGCUUCAUCAGCUCCACAGUGGCUCAGCCCUCUGAAAUGCCUCCAUCUCCGCUGGUGUGGGAAUAGCUACUGUUUUGUGUCGUUAUUUUUCCUGACUGACAAGCUGCUAAACUGGGAACAAGAAAGGGUCUCAGUGUCUUCUAUCAUCUGUGUAGCAUUUCACUGGAGAGCAGGACUCACAGGUCUGCUGGGUUUAUGCUGAAAAAUGGAAUCAAAGAAAGGUCCACUGAUAAUUGCUUUAUGGAAAUUAAUGACAGAAAAGCUCUGUAUAAUGCUUUGUACAGAAUUUUUCUAAACAAACGGAGAACAUACACACAUCAUAUAUAUAUAUAUCUAUAUAUAUAUAUAUAUAGAUAUAUAUAUAUUUGUGUGUAUGUGUGUGUGUGUAUAUAUAGUGUUUGUGCACAAAUUAUAUAUCAAAUGUAUAUUUUACAAAUUCUGCAAUCACCAUCUCAUUAAUUUAGAAAACUAGGCUACUUUGCACCCGUCAUUUCUGUCAUUUCUGCAUUAUUUCCAACCACACUUUUUAUUCUGACAAUCAACUGUAACAUUAUUAUUAUGGGCAACUGAAAAUUUCCCAUAUUUUUGAAUUUUUACAAAUUUGCUCUCUGUAGCAGUAUUGUUUUAUUUAUUUUUAAUCAUUUGUAUUAAAAAGAAAUGUCGCCUUGUGGCCCCACUGCAUAUUUGACAGUUUUCAUUUAUUCAUUCUUUUGACAGAAGGGGUGCUAAUUGAUUUUGAACAAUUUUGCCUAUUUAACAUCUGAUAAAAAAAAAAUCAAAACCUAAGACCAACAUAUUCUAAAUAGCUCUAUUGAAAACACAGGGAACAACCAAACAUGGAGAGAUUUGGAUUUAAAUACAGGCAACUGUAUGAUCCAUCUAUUUAUGCUGUGAAAGUUUUUUUGUUUUACUUAUGUCUUGUUCCAGCACAUCAAAAUUGUGAUAGCUUGUCACACAGCCAAUUUAGACAAAAUGUUUCCUGAUUAAUUACUCAUCAUCUUCUCAUAGCGUCCUUCUAUGUGGAAUUAGUUCACCUUUUGUCAUUUGCUUACAAAACAUACAGCAUGGGAUGUCUGUUGUCCAAGAAAGAUACAAAAGUUUCCUCCCUUUUAGUAAGUUUUAGUUAAAUUAAAUUGCUACAGUGGAUUUUGAAACUAUCUGUAGUUUUCACAGAAAAUUCAUUGAAAUGUUUAAAAUGGGAAAAUGGAAAAUGCUUACAGGAAAGUAAUUAUUACUGAUAAUGUUUAAGUCAAGUUUUCCAUUCACAUAUUAAGGUUUUUCAUUCACACACUGCUGCAGUUGCCAGCCAUAUUGGAUGUGAUACAACAGCCAGUUGCUAGUGACUGGAUGACAGUGGUCUCUGGAGUUUCAUGGCUCCUGCUGGGUUAAAUAUGACAAAGAAAAGAAAAUGCUGCACCAAAAACUUCCCAGUGAUUGUUUUAUUUGCUAGCAACCAUAUUGCUGUGGUUGCCUGUAGUUUUUCAUAUUUGUCUGUAAAUACUUGCUUACUACUAGCUGAGCAGUAGGCAAAUGGUUUAUUGUCGUCACUGGCCGGGCCGGCGGUGUGGACUCACAAGUUUGUGAAUGGGACAACUUGAGAAUGAGGUGACAUGGGAAGUUUAAAAUUGAUAGGUGCUGAUAUUAAAAGUUAGGCUCUCAGUUUUUUUGAAAAUCUUGUAAAUGCGAUAACUUAGGAUUUUGAAUAAGGCAACAUAGGAUUUUGAAAAUGUUACCACAGGUAUCUAAUAGGAGGCUGGCAGGUGGCACUGACAGUCACAAGUAUUUUUUUCUAUGUUUUGUCUACAUGACAGUUUAACAGUCACACUUAUUCAUCCAGUGAAUACAUCGGUAUCAGCGCUUUGAGUGCUCAGAAGAGUAGAAAAGCGCCAUAUAAGAACCAGUCCAUUUACCAUUUACCAUCGGUAGCAGCUUGGGAUUUAGUAUCUUGCCCAAGGAUACCUUGGCAUGCAGGCUUGAGCAGUCAAUGAAAGAACCACCAACCUUUCGAGUAAUAGAUAACCUACUCUACCUCCUAAGCUAAAACUACUACCUUCACAGCUUCACAGUAAUAGUUGUGUUUAAAUAGGCAAACUUUUUACUUUGAAGACAAACGGCCUCCUUUUCCAGUUUGUGUCGCACUUCUGGUUUCACUGCAGUGCAGACAGUAGGUGGAAAGUGUUUCUAUAAGUUGGUCACAUCCAUUCAAACAAAUAUACAAUAUCAUCAUAGUGACCAAAGCAAUCGUUAAGUUUUUGGGGAAUACACAUUUUCCCUUAGCAGGGGGGUCACCAACAGGUCUUUCAGCUAGUGUGACUGGGCCUUCAGUGAUCAUUUUCCCAGGGACUGCUGUCAACCUCCUACAACUCACGAUCAGUCAGGGAACACCUUUUCCUUUAUUACUGGUUGUAAACUAGUCUUUCGCCCUGUGUAAAUAGAUUAUUAGCCAAAUGUAAGACAAUGUAGACCUUGAGUCUGCAUUGUCACCAUACACCAUGAUUGUCACAUUUCCAAAAUAGCAAAUAAGUUAAUUUAAAAAGUGGUCAUAUUUCAUAUUUUGCGCAUCAUUUUACAGAUGAAUGAACACAAAUGUUUGUACAUGAGGCCUAAAGAAGGUAAUGACGAUAAGCCUGUCUGAAUUUGUAAACCUUUUCCACUUAUCAUGGAAAGAGUCAGACAUCCUACUGAGAAGAUCAGCAACACACCAUUUCUGAUUGGUAACAUGAACUUGGGUAAAGUGUUCAGUUCCAUUUAAUUUCUGUGCAAAAUUAAAUGGAAUUUGCAGUUGAAAAUAUAUAUGAAGAGAUCAUUUUGGUGGCGCUGGUGAAUGCUCACUUGCAUGCUUCAUGAAGACAAGCUUUUUAAUGAAUAGGAAAUAACUUUAAGAAUGAAUUAGCCUAAAACCCUGCUUCUAGACUAGACAAUAAAAUAAACUCCUCUGAUGCAUACAACGAGUGACUGUAAUGAUAAAAAGAACAAACAAUUCUACAGUAAUAUUUCUACCCCCUCGUUUGACCAACCAUAUCAGUUAUACUACUUAUAACGAGUUCAGUAAUCACAUAUAAUUUAAGAAGUCCCAUCAGACUGACUGAAAAACUGUUGUAUAAUGAAGGAAUGUGUUUUAUCUACAUAUGUGCCUCCUAAAGUUCCCCUCUUGGACAUUCUCAGUCAAGGUGAGCUAUUUUUUUUUUCCAAAAGAGUCUGAAGAGAAUUAUUUCUUAUUAAAAAUAACCUAGAAGCUUGCACUGAGCUGAAAUAUAUCAGGUUUCCAUUGUUCUCUGUAACCUUUGCUGGACUUGCUGUGUACUGUACACUUUCUGCACUGAAACAGAGCUGAUGCAAGUCCGAGUGUUUAUGGUUCUUCAUAGUCUGGGUCCUAUUUAAGUGGACUUGGCUAUUCAUUAUUUUCCAUGAGCACAUUAAAAGUAUAGCUUUUCUGUUGGGACAUUAGCAAGCUCACAAGUCUCACAAGUGAGAUUGUAAGUUAAUCUAACCAAAGCCAUGUGAGCCACAUUUUUUAUCCUACCUUUUAACAUCCUUACCCUGCCAGCAAGAAGAAAAGAGCAGAGGGUAAAUACUGUCAUGUAAUUAACUUUAACAGUUAACAAACACAUUGGCACUUUUUAAAAAGUUUUUGCAGUCAAGAAAUUGUCAUUGUCAUCAAUAGGCUGUUGUCUGCAGCAAGACUGCAAUAUGACAAGGUCUGGUGACAAUACAAUAACAAAAUGCAAAAUACAUUUCAGAGACUUCAUGUCAGAAAUGGCAUGAAUAUAUAUAUGAAUUGGGUCAAUACAGUAAAAAGAAAAUGUGCAGAAAAAUAAUUUAAAUUUAAAUUUUUUGGUGAGCCACUGACUUUUUGGGUGGUUGUUGGUUAGCCAAAGCAAAGCGUUGUUUGUGUGUUAUCACAUAUAGAUGGUUGGAAUGGAACAGCAACGGAAGAAUCAGACUUAGACUGGGAAAUACAUAUUCAAAGAACUAAAGUCAUAGUGAGCUAAAGUAGCUUUAUUCUGGUGAGAAGAAAGCUUUUUCAUUAGAAGGACCAAUCGGAACCUGUCUAAAUACAAAGUAACUGAUCUGGUGAAAAUGAGUGACUGGCAGUUAAACCAGCAGUAUAUUUUGUUUUAACCUUGUUCUUUCUACUUGAAUCUGUCAUCACAUACUAUAGACAUUCUUCAAGAAUUGUACUGAGCAGCUCUUCUCAGACAGGAGAAAAGUAGCACAUGAACAUCUCAAAAAUGACAUGGUCUUUUCUACAUGUUUUUCCCUAGAUGGUAAUCCAGUGCAAAUAUGUGCCCCUGCUCUUUCUCAUGUGUGUACACUGUCUUCAGGAGAAACAAAGUUUUUGACGUAAUUUAUUUAAUAUAUUUUUAGACUUGUUAUCAAUUUCUGUUCUUGUGUCCUAUGGUAUGCAUUCUUUUCACACCUCAGAAAAUAACUAUGUAUAUAUAUGUUAUAUAGAGAAGCAAAUCUACAACAACCUACAAAAAAACACUGUAUAGGGAUUGUAUUAGCCUGUACAUUUCUAAGGCUGUGAAAUUUUUUUUUAAAACUUGCAUACAAAUGUAUAUAUUUUUCUUGAUUUCUACCCUGCAACUAGGAUGUGGACAGCAAAUCCUGUAACAAUUAAAAGAAAUGCAGUCAUCUUAACUAUAACUUGUGUGUACAGCAGUUGUAGAUAUGUCUAAGGAAAAUGCAUUUUUUGUUAUUAUUUUUAAUUAUUUUGUCACGGCAACACUGUGAAUAUGUAUAUUAAGAAUUCACCGUGUUGGUCUCUACCUCUUGAGCUCAAUAACUUGGCAUUGUUUACCUCCACACAUUUCUGAUCAUGUGGGGAUGAAAUAAAAAAACAAUAACAAAAAAA